AUGACUUCACACUGGUGCGAUUCGUUCUAUUUUGAGUUGGUCGGCACAGACUGUUUCCCUUGGGACCUGAUUGAGUACCGACUUCGAUAUGACUCUGAAUCUCUACGUAACAAUGGUGCCGCUACUUCGGAUGAUACUAGUGAUUGGGAAGGUGCAACAGUUUCCUUCUCACAUGAACUAAAGGAAGUCCGCAAUUGGUCAUUUGGUUUCGAGGGUGCGACGUCAAGAAAAAUUGUGGCUAUCACAGUUUCUGGUGCAAGGUUGUUGGCCAUCAUCCUCCAGAGGUCUGGUAUUGGAGGUCGUGUUCCUGUUGAGUUCUCUUCCGAUGGAUAUGGCAGUGAUAGUGUCAUCUUUCAACCUCCCGGAACCUGGCGUCUCGAUGGAACAAGAAAAAAGUCUUCCUUCUACGACGUGUCACACAAAGAAGUAGCAAGGUUAGAACCGACGCUCGGAAGGUUUCGACCGCUUCUGGUUGACUUUGAUACUAUCGGAAGUUGGAUCCGGAUGUGUGAUCAACAGCACAAGAUCUGUGAGCAUCAUGAAAUACCUGUUGAUAUUCCACAAUUUCGCCUAAUUAACGUCGAAAGGAUGUGUAUUGUGCACGUUGAUUCCUCCCGAGGGUUUCCUUUUGCUACUCUGAGUUAUGUUUGGGGUCUAAAACCGUUUUUGCGGCUCAUCAAGGCAAAUGUGAAGGACUUGCAAAAACCUGGAUGUCUCAAGAAAUUGACAUUACCCUGCACUAUCAGAGAUGCGAUCACUAUCUGUGCCAAGUUACACAUCGAGUAUAUAUGGAUUGACAGUCUAUUCAUCAUCCAGGAUGACGAAUCAGAUAUGAUCCAAGUCAUUGAUAAGAUGGACUCUAUAUAUCGUGAAAGCAUCCUGACCAUCGUGGCUGCAACUGGCUCAGAUGCUUACAGUGGUAUUCCCGGCGUUCGAUCUGGAACAAGAUCCCUUGAGCAACAUUCCCUGGAGAUACGAGGAGUGGAGCUGAUUGAUUCGGUUGACAGUGCCCAAUUUCGUUUUCAGGGCCCGUUUGAGGAACCGCUCUGGAUAUCAAAGACCCCAUGGGCUCGACGAGCUUGGACCUUCCAAGAAGCCCUCGUUUCUCGAAGAUCACUGUUUUUCACUGCCGAGCAGGUUUACUGGAGCUGUCGCGAAGGCUUGCUCAGCGAAGAUACCACAGAACAUUUCUCAAACAACGAAUAUUCUCAUGUUCCUAGGAAACGAUUGGACUCCACCUUCAGCCCCCGGGAAUACUUACAAAUUGCUACUACCUUUUCAACUCGGCGACUGACAUACGAGACUGACAUUGGCCGUGCAUAUCUCGGAACACAAAAUUAUCUUGACAGAAAGUGGGAUGGACACAAGUUCUCGUGGGGUCUACCUCACGGUUCCUUCGGGUCUUUUCUCAUGUGGGAACGUCCUCUGCAAGAUGAUAGGCGGAUCCGUACCGGGACACAUCCUAUCAGACAACGAGAUGAAAGCAUAGUCAAAGUUUCGUUUCCCAGCUGGUCGUGGAUGAGUUGGACUGAUGGUGGAAAACUUAUCAGCUUCUUUGGCGAUGAACCAAAGCCUCACAGUCCGAAAUUCUAUGUUUUCGAUUCAGCGGCGGAACUACUAGAAGUCUGUGAUGAGUUCACCUGGCCAUCGUCGCUACAAGAUCUUCUGACGGGUCAGUCUAACAUGCCGACCGAGGUGACAGAAGCAAAGCUGCCUCAAGAGCUACACUUGAUACCUUCAAUGAGACACAGUGCUUUGGUAUUCUACACAGAGAUUGUAACAGUCAGAUACAAUCCGUCUUUAGGUACCACAGCAGAGACUUGGUUUGACAUUCCGAGCGAUCUCAAGAUGAAAAGUUUCGAAUAUCCAUUCUCUAUUCAGAUUGGGAAUGUAUAUCACCGAAUUCCAGAACAAGAUCAAGACAACGACUUGGAAGAUCUAGAGGAGAUCGAUCUUGUGGCUGUUUUUAGUGGCCAGAUGACCAAACCAAGGAAGUUCAGAGGGCAAUAUAGAUUAUACUGCUGGCCGGUGCUGAAGAGAGAUGGGAUUCGAAUACGGCCAUCUUACGCGAGUACUGUCAUAUUUCUGACGCUGUGGCAAGCUCUCCCAAGGCGCAGAUGGGAGUUGGUUACUAUGCUACAGGGUAACAUAUUCGACUAG